ACCAUGUCGUACACCUGCUGCCUGCCCAACCUGAGCUGCCGCACCAGCUUCUGCUCCCGGCCCUGCAUACCUCCCAGCUGCCACAGCUGCACCCUGCCCGGGGCCUGCAACAUCCCCGCCAACGUGGGCAACUGCGGCUGGUUCUGCGAGGGCUCCUUCAAUGGCAACGAGAAGGAGACCAUGCAGUUCCUGAAUGACCGGCUGGCCAGUUACCUGGAGAAGGUGCGGCAGCUGGAGCGGGAGAACGCGGAGCUGGAUUGCCGCAUCCGUGAGUGGUGCCAGCAGCAGGUGCCCUACGUGUGCCCGGACUACCAGUCCUACUUCCGGACCAUCGAGGAGCUCCAGCAGAAGAUCCUGUGCAGCAAGGCCGAGAACGCCAGGCUGGUGGUGCAAAUCGACAACGCCAAGCUGGCCACAGACGACUUUAGGACCAAGUACGAGACGGAGCUGUCCCUGCGGCAGCUGGUGGAGGCCGACAUCAAUGGCCUGCGCAGGAUCCUGGACGAGCUGACCCUGUGCAAGUCCGACCUGGAGGCGCAGGUGGAGUCCCUGAAGGAGGAGCUGCUGUGUCUCAAGCAGAACCACGAGCAGGAAGUCAACACCCUGCGCAGCCAGAUCGGCGAGCGUCUCAACGUGGAAGUGGACGCUGCCCCCACCGUGGACCUGAACCGGGUGCUCAACGAGACCAGGUGUCAGUAUGAGGCCCUGGUGGAGACCAACCGCAGGGACGUGGAGGAAUGGUUCACCACGCAGACGGAGGAGCUCAACAAGCAGGUGGUGUCCAGCUCGGAGCAGCUGCAGUCCUGCCAGGCCGAGAUCAUCGAGCUGAGACGCACCGUCAAUGCCCUGGAGAUCGAGCUGCAGGCCCAGCACAACCUGAGAAACUCUCUGGAGAACACACUGACGGAG